GGUCGAACUAAGACUUUGCGAAAACGAAACCGUCCAGACUGUGUAAUCCUAAUUGACUAUGGCUAACCUUCCGCCCGGUUACUAUAGAACGGAGCUUAAUAGAACCGUUUGGGAAGUUCCUGAAAAGUAUCAAGACUUGAGUCCAAUUGGAACCGGUGCGUAUGGACAAGUUUGCUCGGCUUUAAACACCACUACUAAUGAACAAGUGGCGAUUAAGAAAUUAUCAAGACCCUUCCAAACCACAAUGCAUGCAAAGAGAUCCUUCAGAGAAUUGAAACUUCUUCGUCACAUGGAUCACGAAAAUGUUAUUGGUUUGCUUGAUGUGUUUACUCCCAAUACUUCAUUUGAAAGUUUUCAAGAUGUAUAUAUGGUAACUGCUCUGAUGGGAGCUGACUUGAACAGCAUUCUUAAGUGUCAAAAACUCACUGAUGAACAUGUUCAGUUUCUUGUUUAUCAGAUACUAAGAGGAUUAAAGUAUGUCCAUUCAGCAGGAGUUAUUCACAGCGAUCUGAAGCCCAGUAAGAUAGCUGUUAAUGAGGAUUGUGAACUCAGGAUUCUUGACUUUGGUUUGGCAAGAAUGGCUGAGGAGGAAAUGACAGGUUAUGUGGCAACAAGAUGGUACAGAGCACCAGAAAUCAUGCUCAACUGGAUGCAUUAUAAUCAAACAGGUUUGUGUCUAACUUGUAGCUUGCACAUUUCUCAGCCUUAACUGUUAAAAAAUAUUGACCAGUUGACACGAAUUAUGCAACUUGUUGGGAAACCAGGUGAAGAGUUCCUGGCAAAAAUCAGUAGUGAUUCAGCAAGAAGUUAUAUAUCAUCCAUGCCAAAAUAUGAAAAGAGACCAUUCUCUCAGUUUUUUAUUAAUGCUAACCCACAAGCUGUAAAUCUGUUGGAAAGGAUGCUAAACCUUGAUACAGAUACAAGAAUCACUGCAGAAGAAGCCCUCGCUCAUCCUUACCUAGCUACUUAUGCAGACGCAGAUGAUGAGCCAACAUGUGAGCCAUUUGAUGAAGUACAGUUCGAAGCCAAGGAUUGGCCAACAGAUAAAUGGAGAGAACUGGUCUACAAAGAAAUCCUUAACUUUCAGUCAAAGAAAGAAGAGGAAAGUAUGCAAACUGGAUAAAGAAUAAUGUGGCAAAAGGAAGAUAUUAGAUUGUAAAUUAUCUUAACAAACCUCACCACGAAGAUUUUCACGGGGAAACGAAGUUAGGAAUUCUUUUGAAGCUUGGGUAUUCCUUAAAGAGCAAUUUUUAAUAGCCCAACCUUUCGUAUGAUAAAAAUUUUUCAUUCACAUGCAAGUUAAACUCAUUUACUCAAGAACGGUUGAGGACCAGGCCUCGUUUUGAAAAAGAGGCCAAAGCUAAUUCGGAAAUGGCCUAUGUGUGUCCAAAGAAAUCCCGGAUUGCUUUGGCUUUACUAAACUUAACUCUGUGAUUGGUUCAGAAAACUCGCGCCAUCCUCUCAACCAAUCAGAUGCAGAACUAAAAAGAAACGCGUUUUCUCGCGCUUCGAGCAGUUUGCUUAUUUUUGCUUUGACUUCUCAUUGGUUAAUGAUAAUUAUCAUAAACCUUUGUUCUGAUUGGUUGCUGGAAUAACUUAAGAUUUGUUUUUUUUCAAUACUCAAUUGGAAACAGACCCAGAUUUUUCUUUGCGCGUGUGUCUGUGUGUUUGUGUGUGUGUGCUUGUGUGUACGACCUUUGACUGGAAAGUCGUUUUCGCGGUUUUAAAAAAAAUGUUCGCAGUCAGACUCUGGUUAGAAAUAACAUGUCCCUUGCAUUGUAACCUAUUACUCGUUCAGAAGCUGAAAAAAAUUUCUACCUCUAUUUAUAAAUCAAAACAAUGCAGUAACAAGAAUUUUGGCGGGUCGUUACUAAGUAUCUUGUCUCGAUUAAACGAAAGAACAUCACAUUUUCUCAGAA